AUGGGUCGGUCACUUGGCUCUGCGAAGGACAAGAGACCCGGGUCCAUGCAGGCAGCGGGCGCGAAAAGCGCCUUCGACCGGCUGCAGCGCUUGCGCAUUGGCGGAAUGAUGGAAGAUCUCAGCAGCAUGGGAGACUUGUGCUGGAAGAGUGGUUUUCCCGCGGAUCGGCAGACAGGGACCAUGGUGGCGGGGCAUGGUGACCGGGGUGCGUACGUGAGGAUCCGCGAGCGAGCGCUGAUGGAUCGGAUCUUCUUAGACGAUUAUCGGACCUACAACGCCUCGCGCCAGGCCUUCUAUCAGCCCCAGCGGUACUUUACGCCCUUAAGCUCCAUCGACGUGGAUCUCUUGGUGCCCUGCGAUCAAUGGACCCUGGUCGACUGGCACACCAAUGCCAUGGCAGACAAUGCUCAAUGGACACCACCGUGUCGUGCUGGAAGGUGGUGGCUCUCAGACAGUUGCCAGCUCAACAGCAGCCACUGCAUCCCCUUCAUCACGUAUCGCAUCGGCGGCUAUGUGAACAACGCGAACAACAUGAUCUUCAAGGCCAACUUCUUGAACAUUCCGAUCGCAGUGGGAGCCGCGGAUGGCUACUGGUUUGACUCCAACUUCUAUCAUUUGGUGAUGAAGCACGAGGUCCUCUACUUCUUCUUCGAGCCGUACAUCACCUUCGAGCUCCUCGAGCCAACCCUUGUGGAUCUCCCCGCGCCCGACGCCACAGGCUCCUUCUCCGUGGACACCGAGCCGCGCAUCGUGGUGAGUAGCGACUUGGUCAAGUUGGCACCUGAAGUGCGGGAGAUGCUGCUGCGAAUGAAGUGGAGCAUGGAGGACAUUCAGGAAGUGCUUCUGGCCGCUGCGGCUGCGGCGGCCACGGCUGCUGCGGCGGCCACGGCGAACCUGACGGGCGCCUUUACGACGGGUGCCGCCUCUUCGGCAUCGCCCACCGAGUUCAAAGAACAGGCGGUCUACCAAGGAGCCUGCCAGUGGGUGCUGUCGAACAUGGACACGUGGCUCCCCUGGAUUCCCACGCGGAGCGCUUGCUUUAUGGGCCAGGGCCUCUUUCGCGAGUUACCUGCAGAUCCCGCUUUAUUUCAAUUUGGUCAGUCGGCGGGCUUCGUCACGAGCAACGGCCUGUGGGGCGAGUGGCUCUCCGAACGAAAGGCCCAGGCCAUCUGCCUGGCUUGCCCACCUGGCUUCUAUUCCUCCUCCAUCACCGAUGUCUGGGGUGACACCGCCAUCUGCCGCCAGUGUCCUCCGGGAUCGUAUCAGUCGGUCUACUCCUCCGCGAACUGCGAGCCGUGCUCGGCCGGGAGCUUUGCAGCGGGCAGCCAGAUGACCAGCUGUGAGAAGUGCCCGCAAGGCCAGUACCAAGAUCGUCAGGGUGCCCGCAGUUGCGAACCCUGCGCAGAGGGGCGCACCACCUUGGCCGGGGCCAAGAACGUCACCGAGUGCCUUUGCAAGGAGGAGACUUACUUGUACCGCUCGACCGAGGAGACCUGGAACGCCACGUGCUCGUCCUGCAUCCGGGGCCUCGUGUGCCAGGGCGCCUUCGUGGGGCAACUGCCGGGCUAUUGGGCGGAGGACACAGGCAGCGACUUCUCGGUCUUCGAGUGCCGCGACCAGCUGCAAUGCCCGGGCGGAGCCAUCGGCACCUGCGCGCCGGGACGGGUGGGCCGCGCUUGCGGAAGCUGCGCCGAAGGCUUGGCUCCGAAGGAGGAUGGAACUUGCUCGAAGUGCGGUGGCCAGGCCUAUUGGGGCAUCAUGUUGGUGGUCUUGGUCACCUUUGGCGUGAUUCCGCUGGUGGUGGUCUUCGGCAUCUUUAUGACACGGCUGAAGCGGACCGCCUUGAGUAUCUUCAUGGUGAGCAUUAUCUUUGGGCAGAUCGUCGUGUGUUUGCAGUCCUUGGAUGCGAUUUAUCAGCUGGACAUCACUUGGAUCGAUCCUGCCAAGGCGAUCUUGAACUCUUUGGCUAUCUUCAACCUGGAUUUGGACUUGUCGUGCCUGCUUCCACCCCAAGAUUAUUUGUUGCAAUACGUGGUGCAGCUGGUGACAUAUCCCACGGUCGUUUUAGUGACGUUCCUCAUUUGGUGGGUGCUCCACUGUCGGGGCAGGAGAGUGAGCUUCAACACCUUGGUCAACGUGCACGGGCUCUUGUUGGUGGCAAUGCUCACGGCCAUGUCCUUGGCCAUUACACGGCCGCUGCAAUGCCAGCGGAACCCCAACGCGCUCUUCACCAUCACUUCCCGGCCUCAUGUGAUUUGUUGGCAGAGUGAGGAACAUCAGGCGCUGGUGGCCUUGGCAGCCAUAGGGAUCCUGGCAUAUCCGGUGACGAUCCUGGGGGUGAUUAUCUACCUCACCAGGAAGUAUCCCAUUUGGUUACGCUCCGGACAUGGCUUGGAGGUCAUGGAACGGUACCGCUUCCUCUUUGCACGCUUUCGGCCUGAAAGAUACUACUACGGCCUGAUCUUGUCCGUGCACAACCUGCUGGUGGCCCUGAUCCCUGCAGCUCUGGUCUCCUUUCCGGCACUCCAGGUCGGCAUCAUGGGCCUGGUGAUUUGUGCGAAGCUCGUGGUGCAGGGGCUCCUGUGGCCUUGGAAGAUCGACUUAGCCAAUUACAAUGACUUGUCCUUAUCCGCGGGUCUUCUCAUGCUCCUCUUGUUGGCCUCACCGCUGAUGAAUAUCCGGGAGGAGAAUCAUGAGCAGUUCGUGGGCGUCUUGCUCUCCAUCGUGUUGAUCACGGUGCCCCUGGCUGCCCUGGGCACGGCCUUGUCCUUAGUGUUUUUGCGCUUGCGGCCCCAGAGCAAGUACGCCGCCUUCCUUUGUCACCACAAGGCGGGUGCAGGGGCUUUUUGCCGCCUCUUCAAGUUGGUGGCCUCGAAGUAUAUGAAGUUGAAUUUGUUCCUGGACAGCGACGAGCUGGACGACCUGGCCCGGAUCUUCGACAUCGUCAGCGCUGACACCAAGUGCCUGGUGGCCGUGUUGACGUCCGAGCUGCUGAAGCGCAUGUGGUGCGCCGGGGAGAUCGUGAGCGCUCACAAGAAUAAGGUGCCCAUCAUCCCAUUGUAUUGCGACAAGUAUUGCUUCCCCAAUGACUCGCAGAUUGAGCUCAUCGACUCGGUCUGGACGGAGGAGCAGCUGAGCACGCUGACGAGCUAUGGAAUUUCCCUGGAGAAUAUCAAGGCAGCAUACCGAGAAGUGGGUCAAUUGACACCCAUUCUGCUGAACCGAAGCUGUUGCUUGGAAGAGCAGGAAACCACGAUCCUUCAAGUGCUCCACGCUGGCGUCGCUGAUGCCGCCAGCUCCGCCGAGUUGGGCGCGGGACUCCCGCGCGCCAACUCGGCGGGGGCGCAUUUUCUGGUGGUGGCGAUGGAAGAGCCGGAGGCGAUCUCCACCGGAAUGAUUUUGCAGCAGAUGGUGCAGCUCCACUUCCAAGUGUCCGUUUUCUUCGUCCGCCAUGCUGAAGAGGCGCCCUGGAGGAUCCGCGAUUUGCCUCGUGCCUCCUUGCUGCGAGAUGCUUGGCCGUGGGGGCUGGCAACAUCGCAUCCCAGACGAAUGGGAAUCGUUUCAGUACUAGUACAUACUCAUGUAUGA